AUGGCCAGGUCCUGGUCCCUCUCUCCCCGCCGCAGGUUUUCGUCCAGGGCGGCGGCUCUGCGUCGCAUCGGCGCGGGGCCUGGUAGUGUGUGGGGGCAUGGAGGGGGACGGUGCAGGCGCGCGUGGGGGCCCCCCCCCUCUCCCCGUGCGCCCUGUUUCUCUCCCGCCCCCAUUUCUCCUUCCCACGCCCCCGUGUGUGUGUUUCUUUCACUUUUCUCCCCCCCUCCUGUCGUCCUCUCUUUCCCUCGCACACCCCUCCCUCCAUCGGGGGAGGAGGAGGAGGAGAUGGUCUGGGGCGGGGGGAGACGCGCGGCGCCGUGUCGGGGGGUGGUGGUGAUGGUGUGCGGGGCAGGUGUGCCUCUCUCCCUCUCUUGUCCCGUCACCACAUUCCCCCCUCCCCCCCGGAGCCUUUUCCCCCCUCUGCGUCGGCGCAGCUCCUUCUAG